CAGGCUGCUGGGCUACAGUGCUGAAUUGAAGCACAGAGUGAUGAGAUGAAACUCUCCAUCAUCAGCACGGUGUCUGAGCGCUGCGCGCGGCAUCUCCACUGCACAGCCAACUUUAUCUCUUGUUUCUGAUCAGAGGAAGCGGAAUGACUGCAUCCGCUUCCCGAGUGCACGAGCCGGUGCAGAGCGGCAGACAUGAGACCUUUCUCCUCUUCUGGGAAGAAGGUGAUUGAAAUUCCGCGGAUGGAUGGCGAGCUAAUCGGAAAACACCACAGGGAAGUCUGACAUCUUUUUUUUUUUUUUUCUUAAACACGCACGUUAUUCUGGAUCUUUUUGGCUGUUUUUUUUUAUUAUUGUUAUUAUUAUUAUCCCUUCAUUUUUUUCUCUCUGCGAUAUGAAGACGGAAAGGAGGAAUAAUGUUUAUGCGGAACGUGUUCGUGGAUCUUUCCUCAUCCUCCUCAUCCUCAUCCUCAUCCUCCUCAUCCAGGUCGAUGUGAACCGGCUACAUGGAGCAUGAGCACUAAUCCUUCCUGAUUUUAUUUCCAGCUUUUUUUUUUUCUUUCUUUCCUUUCUUUUUUUUUUUUUUUUUUUAAAAAAAACCCAAGACGGAUUAUUUCGGAAUUGGGAUUUUCUUUGAAACUCCACUGAGGAGCAUCAGGAAGGUGUUUCCGACAAAGUGGAAGCAGACAUCUCAACCUGGCCUGGCGUGGCGCAGGAUGGGCCGUCUCCUGGGAGUGAGCUGCAUGCUCCUGCUCGCCCUGACCGCCUCUGUGUCUUCAGCCUCCCUCGUUCCCGAGGACUACACAGCCGACGAGGCCGAGCGCAACAGCAACGACGUGCUGUUCGAUGACUACCGUGGGAAAGGUUGCGUGGACGACAGCGGCUUCGUCUACAAGCUCGGCGAACGCUUCUUCCCCGGCCACUCGAACUGCCCGUGUGUGUGCACCGAGGAUGGACCCGUGUGCGACCAGCCCGAGUGCCCCAAAAUCCACCCCAAAUGCACCAAGGUGGAGCACAACGGCUGCUGCCCCGAGUGCAAGGAGCUCAAGAACUUUUGCGAGUACAGGGGCAAGACAUACAAAAUACUGGAGGAGUUCAAGCCGUCUCCGUGUGAGUGGUGUCGCUGUGAGCCGAACAGCGAGGUGCACUGUGUGGUGGCCGACUGUGCCGUUCCUGAGUGUGUUAACCCGGUGUACGAGCCGGAACAGUGCUGCCCCAUAUGUAAAAACGGUCCGAAUUGCUACGCCGGAACGACGAUCAUCCCGGCCGGCAUUGAAGUGAAAGUGGACGACUGCACCAUCUGCCGCUGCCACAGUGGGGACUGGUGGAAGCCGGCGCAGUGUCUGAGGCGCGAGUGUCUCAACGGACAGACUUCAUAAAAACUCUUACGAGUAAAAGAGAGUGAUAGAAACGUGAUUGACAGCAGCACCCAGACAUGGGGCCCGCCCACCUCGAGGACAGGGAGGGAGGGACUGACCGGCACGAGCACAAUACGGCUGGCUGAAGUGAGGCUGCUGAGAGACACACACACUCACACACUUUACACCUCGGAAGUGUUGGAGUGGCGGAAAACAUCAAAAGACACUGAUAUUUUUUUCUAAUGGCUUCAUUGUAGGUUUAUUUCUCAUGUAUGCUGCUCAAACACAGAGUUUAUAUAUUUCAUGAUUUGGAGAGGGAUGAUAUUUAUUUAUUCAAUGCAGUUUGGUGUGUAUUGGGACUGGAUACGAGUGCAUUUCAACUGUCUUGAGACUUGAGGGUGGCUUUAUCUUUAUUGCAUCCAGAUGAAUGGGGUUUGAAACUUAAAGCCAGCUGUACACUGUGCGAUUCUGCUGGAAAAAGGAAUUCGUUGAUCGUGAGUCGAGAUCGGUGGUCUUUCUUGCAGUGUGAGAAAUUUUCGAUUAAAAUCUCGGAGUUUGAUCGCUGCUACGACGCUCGUCUAAAAUCCACCAAUAGGAGGACGGAAUAGGAUGACGCCAGACUCACAGGAUAGCUACAGAUACGGAGGUGGCGAUGCCGAAACGUAAACAAAAUAUGCUAACGGAUGGAAAAAAUAUCCUCCUAAAAAUAUCCUCAAGCUCACUUUUUCAGCACGAGCUGAUUUCUAGAUCGCACCAAUUCCCGACGUUACGCAGAAUGUAGUUAUUUUGUUUAAAGGCAGGAUCUUCAUCGUAUAAUCUGACAAGUUAUCGCACAUCGUCUGUUAUAGAAAAUGAAGAUUUUAUUGAGAUCUCGUACAAGUGUGUGUGAGAAGUAAUCAUUUUAAAAGACCGCUGAAAUCGCACAGUCUAAACCGGGCUUUAGUGCCACUGUGGUACUGUCCGGCUCAGACACAGCACCACAUCGCCAAAUAUCAGUUAGAGCGCUGCUCUGAUGUUCUGCUGUCUGUAAUUCUGUCAGCGUUAUUUCAUUUCUUUCUUUCUGAACAAGCGAGGCUUGUGUGAAGAGCUGGUACUGAGCUUUAUCGCUAAACAUCUCUGAUUAAUCCUGAAACGCUGAGCUGUAGGUGGAGGAAUAAACCAAGAAAGGAGUGUCAUAGGUGCUACGCUGUAAACUAGUUAAGUAAUUAGUCUCAUUAAAUUACACACCUUAUGAUUGUAACUGUAUACAUUAUUAUUAUUAUUAUUAUUAUUAUUAUUAUUAUUAUUCUUAUUAACUCGAUUAUUGAGAAAGACACCCAUAAUGGUGGAUCCAACUUUGAUCUCAGUCCGUAGGUGAGCAAUUUGAUUGGCAAGGAAAAUCUGGAGGGCGGGACAUAGGGUUGGUCGAUAUGACAAAAAUAUCACAUCAUGAUACUUCAAGACAUUUCUGCGAUACAUGAUAUGCAUCAUGAUAUACAGCCUAGGUUUCAUAAGAAACUGACAGCAAAACAUUUGUGCUGCAUUUUUUUUUUUUAAAUUAAUUAAUAUUUUUAUUUGUCACCUACAAAAAUAAUUUAACACUGAAAACACUGAAACUAUUUCUAUUUUAUCUAUUUCUUUUUUAUUUUAAAAGUUAUCAAAAAUAUCAUGAUAGCCACAAUAUCUGGGAAAAGUGUAUUGCGACAGGAUAUAUAUAUCAUGAUAUCGAUAUUAUGUUGUCAUAUUGCCCAGCCCUAGUGAGAUAUUAAUAUCGCAACAAAUCUCAUGAAGAGCUGUUGUACGUGAAUAAAGUGGAGUUUUCAAUCAACACAGAUGUUAGCAAAUGUAAACGCGUCAGCAAAUGAUGUUAUAGCGUUAUAUCAAAUUUUAUAAUCUCCUUAAAAUGUUUAUGUAUUGGAAGUGACAUACAUUUAUAUACAGACACAAGAGUGGUUAACAAUCCAGCCGCCAUCUUGAAUUCCAUUUUCACUGUUGGUUAGUUUGAGCUGCAGUGCAGUCUGGGAUACGCUUGAUGAGUCACACGUGCAUCAUGUCCCAACGUCUUCAUGUCCCACUCUUUCAAGUUCUCAUGAAAUGAUUGCGUACGCUGAUGCGUUUCCUUCUGAAAGUGCCGUCAACACACUGACGUUCACACGAGCAGCCAGUAGCGUUUGAGUUACGCUACACUUCCGUCCAAUCUAAACAAACCUGACAGAAGCUUAGAGAGCUCGCUGAAUACAGAGGCCAGAGGAGAGAUUAGCGAGAGCCUUUAACCGAUUCCUACUGACGGAGAAGUCUUAAUGUUGUGUAAAGAUGGAAUUGCGUCUGUAGAAGUGAUAUAUUUCAGCACUAGAGUUUGUAAAAAAGUGUCUGAAAAGCAUCUGUUGUACAAAUUCCACCUUCUUUAAAACAAAUGAAUCCUAUCCAUUUUUUUUUGUGAUUGGAAAAGUGAAUAUUUUGUGAGAAGACACACACCAAAAACACACACUGACUAAUGAGCUAAUGAGCUCCUACUUUAGAGCAAGACACACCCCCAGGGGCGGGACAUAUACAUACGGUUCUAGAGAGCAUUUAGUUGGACGAUCAUGAAGUUCUACCUAGAUAUGUAUCAUCAAAAGUUCUUUAUCAUUUUCCCAGAAGGGAUGAACUAUCACUUCCUAUGAACGAUAAAUGACAAUAUCUCUAUAACUAUUUUUUUUUUUUUUACAUACAGUAUUAAUGUCUGUAACACUAACCAACAGGUACGAAAAGCUCUGAAAAACACUUUACUGUUGAAUGGGAACUAAACAGAGGCUGCGAGAACAGAGAAUUGAGGAAAGUUGGAAGAAAUGCACGAUGAGAAAUAAUGAGCCAAUCAUUUCAAUUUUUUCUCUGUCCAUCAUUGUAGCUAAUUUGCAUAAAAUUGAGAAUGUCCCAGUUGUUGUCUGGUGCUUUGCUGCCAUGUUGCUUGGUGUUGAGCAGAAUCACAAGUCUAUGAUACAAAAUUACAUUAAAAAAUGGUCACUUAAAAUAACGUGUUCAUAACAUAAUGCCGGGGUUUUCUGUUUUCAUAUUUACUUUAGCAUUUAGCAGACGUCCUUAUCCGGAGCAUCUUAACUAUAGAGGAGACUUUAGUCUCCAUCGAAAAACAUUUUCAUGCUAGCACAAAUAAAUCAGGGUUUAAAGGUGCUUUUACAUCUAUUGGUCCAUUUGUCCAGUUGGAAUCAGAGCUAAAUUGUCACUUUUGGUUCGUUUGCUAUUUAGUUUGAUUAGUUUUCACACCGAAAAUACGAACCUAAAUGCAAAAUAACUCUGUCUGAGGUGUGUGUAGGGCUGAAAAAGUUCUCGUAAUAUCCACUGGUCAGAAAUACAGCAAUGUAAACGAAUUUAAGAUAAAAAAAUGUAAACAAAUUUUUACCAAGUGCAUAUAGGAAUCACAAAAAUCACCCAAGCACACAGAACACGGAGCUGGCGCUAAAUAAAUGAUUAGAUCAUUUUUAAAAAUAACUAGCUUUGCACGUAGACUUGAUGUUUGUUUAGUCGAUCGAAAUCUCCAGAACACAUGGGAUUUCUGCAGCGCUACAGCUCAGUGCUUUGGCUCAGUUUUAAAAGAAGAAACGCUGCAACCGAAAACACAACGCAUGUUUGAUUCACUUCCUAGAGUUGAGUCGAUUCAGAGUCGAAUCACUUCCACACUGAGUUCACUUGGAAGCAGACUGAGACCAGCUCGCUCAGACGCUCUCGAACCCGAGUGUGAUUGGAAAACACACCAGUGUGAUUGGAAAACAAACCGAUUCAACACAGCGUAUGAGAACAAACCCUGAGAAUAUCAUAAAGCUAGAACCCUGUUAGAGUGGCAAGAACGAAAACAGAGUACUAUCCAACUGAAUUUUCUUCUUCUUUUGUAGAUUUAGUGCUCAUGUUAGUGUUUAGUGAUGAUUUUCAUUCCAGGAGCUGCACGUGGUAAUUAUUUGAUGAAGAUGAGUUGAUUAAACUUUUGAUGUGGUUGGAAUGAAAACCUGCAGCUACUCCAGAUCUUUGCGGAUGAUACUGUAAUCUUGUUGCACGGGCUGAGUUCUGACAAUGACAGUUACUCUAGACUUCUUUCCUUAUUCCUAUUAAAAGGUUUGGUUCAUUGUUACAGACCUGGCUAUGCCAUUAUAGUGUGUAGAAUGCAUUUUAUUUUAUGGUUCAUUUAGUCCAAUGACAAGUGGGCCGGACCAUAAACCAAUAACACAUAAACAACUUCUCUAAAACAUUUAUCUGAAAGGUACAUUCUGAAUGCAAUAACAACCAAUUAAACACACACACACACACACACACACAUAUAUAUAUACGCAAGUAUUUGAACAGUGACACGGUUUUCGUAAUUUUGCCUCUGUACACCACGACAACGGAUUUGAAAUGAAGCAAUCAAGACUUUCAGCUUUAAUUCAAGGGGUUUAACAAACAUAUUGCAUUAACCGUUUAGGAAUUACAACCAUUUUUUACAGAGUUCCUCCAUUUUCACAGACUCGGAUGCAAAUCCUUUGCAGUCAAUGACUGCCUGAAGUCUGGAACCCACAGACACCAUCAAAUGCUGUUUCCUCCCUUGAGAUGAUUUGCCAGGCCUUUUUACUGCAGCCGCCUUCAGUUGUUGCUUGUUUGUGGGUCUUUCUGCCUUCAGUUUUGUCUUCAGUAAGUGAAAAGCAGCUCUAUUUGGUUGAGGUCAUCGGACAUUUAAGAACAUUUCAUUUCUUUGCCUUAAGAAGCUUUUGGGGUGCAUAUUGGGUCAUUAUCCAUCUGUACUGUGGAGAGCCAUCCUAUCAGUUUUGCAGCAUUUUAUUGAAUCUGAGCAGAAAGUAUAGCUCUAUAUAGUUCAGAAUUCAUCCUGCAACUUCUAUCAGCAGUCACAUUAUCAAUAAACACCAGUGACCCAGUUCCAUUGGCAGCCAUGCAUGCCCAUGCCAUAACACUUCCUCCACAAUUUUUGACAGAUGAUGUGGUAUGCUUUGGAUCAUGAGCCCUUCCUUUCCUUCUCCAUACUUUUCUCGUCCCAUCAUUCUUGUAAUCUUGCAUCAGAACUGGUCAGGCUUUUUUAGAGGUUUUUUAUUUAUUUAUUUUUAGCAAAGUCUAAUCUGGCCUUUCUGUUCUUGAGUGUUACCAGUGGUUUGCAUCUUGGGGUAAACCAUCUGUAUUUACAUUCAUGAAGGUGUCUCUUGAUUGUAGACUUUGACAAAGAUAGGCCUAAUUCCUCCAGAGUGUUCUUGACUUGGCUAGAUGUUGCGAAAGGGUUUUUCUUCAACAAGGAAGGAAUUCUGCAAUCAUCCACUUUAGUUGUCUUCUGUGGUCUUCCAGGCCUUUUGGUGUUGCUGAGCUCACCAGUGCAUUACUUCUUUUUAAGAAUGUACCAAAUUGUUGAUUUGGCCACUCCUAAAGUUUCUGCUAUCUCUCUGAUAGGUCCAUUUUGUUUUCUUAGUCUAAUGAUGACCUUCACUUGCAUCAACACCUCUUUGGACCGCAUAAUGAGAGUUCCCUCUAUUCCCUCUAACUAAAUGAACAGCUACCAGAUGCAAAUUCAACACUUAGAAUCAACUCCAGAGCUUUAUCUCCUUAAUUUGUCAUGAAAUAUCUAGGUAAGAGGCCACAGCUGGCCAUGAAACUGCUUAUCACUCAAUUGUCCAAUUACUUUGAGUCUGUGAAAAUGGAGGGACUCUGUAAAAAAUGGCUGUAAUUCCUAAACAGUUAAUGUAAUAUAUUUGUUAAGCCACUUGAAUUAAAGCUGAAAGUCUACACUUCAACAUCUUGAUUGCUUCAUUUCAAAUGAUUAAGGCUAACAAUUUAUCCAGCUAAUCUAGUGACCAAUUAGCCGUUAGGUCUUAUAUACACAAUGUAAAGACAGUGGAAAGCGGAGAGAACCAUUGAGAAAAGACACUUAGACUUUUCCUAUGGUGUAUAAACCUCCAUAUUGGGUCAUGAACUCAGUAGAAAUAUUUUGCCUUCUGAAGUGUAGAUCAUGUAGAAUCUUCUUGUUGGCCCAGAUCUGGACCUUUAUCAGGCUGUAUGUUUGACCUCCCUGGUCUUUACAAUCUCCAAAUUUAACUUUCUAUCUCGGGAUUCAUUGUAUUUACCUUUAGAAGAUCAGCUUAAGGGAAAUGGGAAGAAGGUAUUAACAGCCUGUUAGCAAAAAUAUGCUGUUGGUGAGAUGAGGCUGAGCUGCUCGUGUUCUGAACGUGUUUGGUAAUUGGAAUUAAGCCUAUUAAGUCGACAGUGGCCCAAAAGAAUCCCAAAGAGGAAAUAAAUCUCUACUGUACCUUUAUGGAAGCCUCCAGGCUGGGAUGUCAUGUGGCUGUGGCACAAAAGCAGAAUUAAGUGAAGAAGAUGCUUUAGUGUUUGAAAAUUUUCACAAUUUUCACCCAUAAAAAGUUGCCAGCAUUAACUCUAUUCUGUUUGAAACAUCCUUGUUUUGCUUCCCCUGGUACCACAUGAACAAAUGUAUUCUCCGAGACCAACAGCUUGAACUCAUACAAGCAAUUAGCACCCCCAAAACUGUCUGCAGUAAUUCCCCUUAAUCAGAGCGUAUUCGGUGAUAAAUUAGCCGUCCUCGUUCUCAGCGGUGCGGCCCAGCGGGCACAGAGCUGACACAAAAGCAGGAAUCUGCAUACACCCGCUGCUUCAGAGCCACUUCGUUUCAUCCUUCACACACACACACACACUGCAGACACACCACAAUUCCUAGUCUACCGAAGGCUAUGUCUCAAAUCAACCCCUAAUUCUGAACAAUUAGUGAAUUAGCGUGACUGAUUAGCUCAUACAGGAGAUUUGAUUGGUGGAAUUUUGAGACACGUACGGUUCAAACACUCAGUACAUCCAUACAAAUUGUAAGAGCAUAUGAAAAUUUGGAUCCCGGGUCUCAUUUUUGGUGCUGAAUAGAAAUGAAUUUAUUCAUAAUUUUUUUUCUAGGAGAAUUUAUGCAAGAAAUGUGGUGUUUAUGAAAAUCCAGUUAGCUGGGGAAAAUGUUUGUAUCCUGCGUUUUGCUCCUGAGUUUGUUUAAUUUAUCUAUAAGGAGACUCAAUAAUGUGACCUUGGACUGAUCAUCUUCAAAUCGUAUAACUGUCGAUGAGUUCUUCCGAAUUUAUAUACAGAUGACUCUGUCAAGUUUAAAUCAAUUAUUUAUUUCAGUUACACACAUCAAAGUAGUGAAACUUGGUCUUUUCAUAUUAAUGACUUAAAAGAAAUCAACCCAAAACAAAUCAAUAAAUUAAGAAGAAGAAACCUUGCCAUUCAAUUAGGAUAAAAGUAAUGGCACCCUAUAAAAGGAGGAAUUGUUAGUGUGUAUCUAUGAUAGCUGAUGCACUGCAGUGGCUGAGCUGCAUUACUGGAAGAUUUAGUGCACACUGCACUUAGGAGGUGCUCUUUCACCGUUUAGUUGUCGUUUUGUCAUUUUGAGCUCUCUUUGCCUUUUGUGGAGUUGUGUGAAUUUUGUGUAAAUCAGCUAUGCCAUAAAAGCACUUGGUAACUAAUGGGUGAAUGAUUUAUCAACACGUGAGCAUGAAGUCAAUCAGCGAAACAUUUGUAAAUCUGGAGGGAAUUUUUAGUUCGGGUUGACCUACGAAAAUUUACACACAACAUUACACAAAAAAGAUUGAUCAAUGAGACCCACUGAGUAUAAACUACUGUAGCUAAUGACUACACUAGCUAGCAAUCGGCCAUUAAGUCCUUUAUACUAAAGAUGUAAACAGAGAAUGAUAGGAAACCAGACAGAACCACUGAGAAUAUAAAACUAUUCUCAAAUGGUGGCGAAUUACUAAGAAAACACACAAUAUGACUAAAAUUACACUUUAAGUAUUACACUGAAAUUGUGUGGUGUCUGUAUCUAACCUCUGUAUCAAGAAAGUUUUGAAGCACUCGAUUUCGAUAGCAUAUUUCAAACAGCAAAUACUGUAUGUUAGCAAUAGACCUUACAGAUGCUAGCUGUUUAUAAUGUCAAAAUUUAUAACGUGUAUAAACUGCUUAUGUACUGGAGGGUACUUCCAUUUAUCUACAAAGUCCAGAAUGGUUAAUUACCCAAGUCACCUCAUUUUUAGCCAAAGUAACUUACAAGUGAGACAGAAUAUGACUGAGCAGUUAAAGGUUAAGAGGCUUGCUGAAGGAUCUAACUGAGACUGGUGAGGGAUUUGAACUCACAACCUUCCAAUCAGCAGCCUUAACCACUGAGCCACCAUUUCCUCUGGAUGUUAUUACACAACAAACAUCUCUGAGGGUUUGCUUUUCAGGAAGCGUUCAAGUGGAACCCAUUUAGGAAGCGUGAAAGCCUACCUUUCCAAACACUCUGUGAAGAACCAGAGAGCUGCUCACUACAUAACACACAGAACGUAACUUCUGAGAGCUCACAUGUUGAUUCACUGAACCACCUAAAGCACCCGAGCCAAAUAAAAAGUCAACUCCCAGGACAAUACGAUGGAUUUUCCAAUUCGGCUUGCCUCUAAAUAUCUGCAUACAAUCCAUCGACUCGAGUCUUUAUUUAGAAUAAGCUUUCUUAUAGAUUUUCUCCAGCCAGCCUUCACAGAACCAUCUCCCAGCUCUCUUCCUUAGAUGAUAAAUUACGAAUCAUUAAUUUGAACAUGCCAUCCACCCGGCCCAUGCGAUUUAUCACAGGUAUUUCUUACCCACAGAGAAAUCAUCCCAGUUAACCUUUAAGACCCCGGUCCUCAGCACUGAUGGAUGAACUGUGCAAUGAACGAUCCAUUGGGGUUGGUAAUGAGAUGAAAAUGGAUUCAGUAGUGUGACCCCUAGAGAAGGGGUUGGAAAUUUCCGUGCAUUUCGCCUGGUCGGAUACUUGUAUGUUUUCUAUUUGGAUUCAAUUUCAAGUUCAGUGUGAAAUCAAUGCCAGAGUUCAGUCAUUAGUUGCAGUUAAUGACUUUCUGACAUGAUUAGAGAAAAAAAUGAAUAGGGAAUAUCUCUUGCUGAAGAAUUUUUAAUCUUUUUAUGCAUUGAUACUGUUUUUUUCAGGCCAGCUACAAGUACAAGUACGAGUUUUUUGGUACUUGUAGAUACUGAAACUAUAAUGAAAUGAGUAACUUAGUAUUAAUUGGACAAUAUUUAAUGUUUAAUUAAAUGAAAAGUAUACACAAAUACGUUAUUAGACUUGUUCUUUAUAAUGUUAGCAAGUUGACUUGACAUGAAGUCCAUUAGCUAGCUACAUUAGUUAGCUUGGAUCAGGUGGAGAGCAGCUUUUCUUUCACUUUGAGUACUUUGAGCAAUUUUUUAUUGCCAUCUGAAUCUCUCGUUGUCAAUGACCGAUAGCGGCUCAUCGUCAAGAACAACAUACUGGAUAAGAUCUGUUAUUUUUUCUCACCAAGCAUCAUCUGUAGCCAUUUUUUUUUCUCUUGAGUGUCGAACACAUGACUGAGAUUUCUGUUUAAGAUGUUUUCACUUCUAUUGUAAUUAGAUGCUGUAGUUCUUCCUCUUGUUAUUUUUAGAGAGCACAGUUAUGCAGUCUGCUUUGCUUUAAUUGUUAUCAUUAAUUGUGAAAUACCUUCAGAUCUCUGUCAUUUCAUGUUGUCUGUUCAUUAGAGCGACAACAUACAUUAAACUUAUGCCACAUUGUAUACCCAAUACCACUACUGAUAUCGAAGCAUCCCUAUUUAUUCGUAUUAGUAUACUCCAGUAUUUAAUGUUGUCCAUUUCAGGCCAUUGGGAAACUAAAGCCACCAUGUGGUCAUGUUUUAUUCCUAGAACCUUAAUCGCAAAUCCAAAUCCCCAGGUGAAGCUCUGAUGAUGCUCAACUAAUCUUGACUAUUCUUAAACGUGGCCAAAAUCAGUGCAUUAAAGCUGAGAGUUUUUCGGAGCAGUGAUCAUAAUCCCGGCUCUGUGCAGGCUUUAAAGCUGGUCCUCCGUCCCAGUCUGAUGAAACCCAAUGCACAUUUUGUGUUAGCCGUGUUCUAGCACACAAGAAUCUUUCUAAAGGUAACUUUUCAGUUGAACUACGUGUGUUGAAACUAAAAUCCAAACGUGUGCAGUUCCAGGCUGGGUUUAGAUACGAGGGAUAAAAGUCCUGCUGAGUCAUUCCUUCACAAAGCCCAGUGAGGGUUUUUUUUGUACCAUUAUUUCUUCCCCAAUUCCCAAAUUCUUAUCUGAUACACCGAAUUUUGCUGUAGUAAUCAAAGUUUACAUUACUGGUGAGAGUCUUAGCAUCACUGGAACUCACUUGGAUAACACUUUAUUUGAAAAACUUCAUCAUAAGACUGAUAUAACCAUGUCAUGACAGCAUUAAGUAAUCUAAUGUCAUGUCGUCACUCCAGGUAACCCUACCAUCCAGCCUCAAAGUGACCGGUGAGCGUUCAUUUUCUAAGUACGUGCGUGACACAGAGAUUUUCUCAAUUCUAUGCAAAUUAGGCAAGACGCUGUACAGAAGUGACAAAUCCAAACGAUUGGCUCGAACAAUUCCUCGGACCAAUCCUAUGAUGCUUGAGGUCCGAGCUUUCUUCAGUUCCCCCACUCAAAACUUUAUUUCCUACCUGCAAAUUGUUUUGCUUGAUGCACAAGAAUGGAGGAAAAGCUUAAAACUUAAACUUAAAAUCUUAUCUUGUCAUGUACGACCUCUAAUUAAAUGUGUAUAGAGACAUUACCAAGAAAAAUAAAGCUUGGAAGGAAGUAGCAGAGAUCGUUGGUGCCUUGUAUGCAGCUAGUACAGUUAGCUCGCUUUGCUAAACUAAUCUGAAAACGAAGCUAGGAGGAAGCCGAGCACGGAACAUGUAAAACAUGCAAACAACCAAUUUUCACACUGAGUAGUGCGUUAGUUAAUUUGUGUUUAACUAGUUAGCUUUAUAAAUAUAUAUAGUUACUACUGAUUUUCAAUGAAACUUUCAAUGAAAAAAAAAAAAAAAAAAGCUGGACAGGCCACGCCCACAAGCGACAAACUAUAAGUGUGACUAUAGGGUAAGAGACAUGAAAGCUCAUAUAAUGUUAAGAUGCUAAUUUUUGCUAACAUACAGUUUAUCAAAACUGUCGCAACAUUUCGCAGCACAAGUAGAGGAAAUACUCACCUCUGAUUGGCUGACAUAUUUAGCUAUAUGUUAAUCUUUCUCUCUAGUUUAUAUAUUUUAUAGCAGAACAGUCAUAAGAUAAUAUAUUUCAUACUAUAAAUCUACCGGGACAAUACUCAUUUCUGAUUGGCUGUCAGUUGUGGUUUUUUUUUUUAAUUAUUAUAAUUAAAUGACAACAAUUACGAUGUGCCGCAUUCUAACCUUUGCUAAAUAUACUUUAGCUACGAUGUAUACAAGAACUGUCAUAGCCUUUUAUACCAUGAAUACAGAGUUCAUUUUAUUCUGUCAAGCAACGACGGUUUAUGUUACAUGCUAAUUUUUGCUACUUUAGUUAGCGUAACGUGAAUGCAGAAUAUAGUCGUUUCUGAUUGGCUGCCUGGCGAUUGGAUGCGUCAUAAAGCUUUAAUCUAUCCUAAAUUGUGUAUUAAUACUAAUCAUAUGCAAAAAAUAGCAUGUAACGUAAGCUAUCGUGACAAUUCCCGAGAAUGUUAACAUGACGCUGGUAUGUUAUGACAUGUUUACGAUGUGUUUAUGACACCCACAUGUAUGUUCUGUAUGAUUUAUUUAUUAAUGUAAUUGUUAAAGUGGAGUAUUUUUUUCUUCCAUCUAAUUCUGCCUUCAAAGGCAUUAAAUGGCGCAGAACUUUGGGAACACCGUCUUUUAGAUUGUAACGUCGUUCAUACGUCAUACAUCAUUUUACGUUGUUUUUUGACCUCCGCUGUGUGAAACGUGAAAGCUCGGAGAAGAAGCAUCAACAUCCAUCUUCAGUUUUUUUCCGACAAUCAUUAAGGAAACGGCAGCCAAGGACUUUCAGAAGGAAGCCAAUUUUGUUUGUUUUGUUUUUUUAACGCUCCUCAUUUGGUGCUUCAUUCUGACAUCUACGCGAAGAUGGAUUUUUGCAUCCACAAAUAGUCUAGAUUGUUGUGAACAUGGUGUGUGUGUGUGUGUGUGUGUGUGU